AACCAAACGCGCUUCCUUUCAGCCUUGAGGACCACGCUCGUCAUGCCACGCUCGGUUUGGCGAUGCUACAAGAGCGCCAUCGCCGCGCGGAGGCGUUAUGCUGAUCGAUACGCCAAGGACCAACUCGCGGAUCCGCGUGAUAACGAGGGCCACCUGUACUUCAACUGGGUGUUGGAGCAGAUGGAGAUUCUCCUGAAAGACCGCGUGGUGGUGCAGAAGGUGGCUAAGGCACAAGUGGGUGACGUCGAGGAAGUGACUACCGAGCCACUCGCGAAUCUCUUCGAGAAGCUCAACCUCGCCACCACCGAGGACGAAGACUUCGAGUCAGAUGGGGAGCGAGAUAUUAUGGACACUACCUCAGAUAUAUCUUCGACGAGCAAGGUGUACGUGCCGAAGUUGAGCAAAGAAGAAGAGCUUCGCUUCGAGUGGUUCUGUUUCCUCGAAGAUGCGCAGAAGGCCUGGAAGCAUAUCCAGACUGUGUGGACGAGUACCGAAGAUCAGAACAACCCCCCCGAUCCAGGAGUCGCAGCGUUCAUAACCGAAGCGGCCAUCGAAUUGAUUGGCUACCAGGAGCAGCAGAUAUAUGCGCGUGCAAUGGCGAUCGGCGGCAAGGCCGCCUUAGUCAUUGGCGCAGACCCAUCUGAUCCGUUCUACCUGGGCCUUACAACUCUUCGUGACAUUGCAAAUAUACGGAAGUCACACAAGGGUUAUAUAUUCCCCCUCGAACCGCUAUCUGAACGCUACUACGACUUACAAGACCCCACCUUGGUAGCGAAAGAUCAGACGCUUGUCCAGUACAUGAUGGAAUUGGGCAUGGAGAGUAUGGUUCGCAAGGGGCUCUGGGAGACGGAGAAGAUUCGGUCCGUCUCGUAUGAGCAGCCACUACCUGCCGCAAGUUUAGACCAGGUAUCAGUAGUCCUUCAGGCUAUCAACGACGGUGGCCCUAUCUCAGUGCAGGCGGCACUAGCGGCUGAGACUAUCUUGUCGCUAUCGGUCGGAACCCACCUGGGAUCGAGUACUGCCUUUUCCAAGCUUCUGAGUCUCGGCCAGGCCUUAGACAAGCGAAUGACGGAAGCUGGUAAAAAGGUGCAGUUCGCCCAGGACCAUAGGAAACUGGCGGAGACAUUUCGAACUGUCCGUGGGUGGGUGUGCGCCUGGCCGUUCCCUGGUGCUCGACGCCACAAGUUGCAGGCUGCCCAGAAGAACGAUUCACUCAUGGGGGCCAUGCGUGGCUGCGUAUUGCCUCCGGACGAUUCUGACUUCCUCCGAAAAGCGAAUCCAGUUCUCUGCGGCAAGCUGAGACUGACCCUUUUUACCUAUUACGAAGAGGCUGGUCUGAGCCUGGCGAAUACAUCACCUCACGUGUAUGCGAUGUCGUACCUGUACAACGGCCUGAAGCAGACAGAACGACUCAGUAAUACCUGGGGAUCCAUCAAGGCCAUCAGCAAGCGUCACAGUCAGGAGCUAUUCAUGGGACCUGACUUUCCAGUCGAGGCUGAGAGGAUGGUCGACCGGAUGAGAGUAUCAGCCGGGACGAACCCGCAUUUCUUGAAGGUUUCAAAAUACGGGAAUCCCUCUGGUCGCGCAGUCCCAGCUACAAAGCACGCUCGCCAAUCCAAUAAGACAUGGGACAUGGAUACCUUGCCAACGAUCCAGAUUCUUCGCGACUAUCUGCACGAUGAGGAGACUCUUCUUCGCACCCUCUACAGGUUCGGCACCGAGAUGCAGAAGGCGCUCCCGGAGCGGAACCGAAAGUCCAUCGAUGAACUGGGGCUGAUACAUUUUCUCGAGACGCUCCAGGAAGCACUCGAGGAAGCAGUCGCUCGCAUGAAGAUGGACUACGUUACGAUCAAUUGUGCUUGCAGCGUGCUGUUCCAGAAGAUGGAGGCGAAGAUGGGUAGCAGCAUUGACGGAAAGGCGGCGACGCCAGAAGAGUGGAUGGCACAUACUACGCGCUCCUACGUCAUCGCGAACACCGUCCUGCGAGAACUGUGGGAUAUGGAAGACUCAGUCAAGGCUCGCAAGGCUGCGAAGUUGGCUCCGGCGCUAUUCCCUACCCCGCUUGCGGAUAUUGCGAGCGAAGUCAUCGCGGAGUAUGUGAAGGCCGGUGGCAAGGGGAUUCCUUCUUAAUAGAGGGAUGGAUUACAUAACAUAUACGUUUCCGUGGGGUCUAAGAUAGGCGGCAUGGGGCGCUUUUGCGGUGUUUGAUAGCCAUGGGACUUCUCCGUACGCGUAGUUGGAAUAUAC